UGGAUGGGUGAGUUUUAUGGGUGAGUCCUGUGGGAUUGGCCUGUGUCUGCCCCAUGCUCUCUGCCCUGUUACGUACAGCACUUACGCUACGCGGCAGACUUUAGAAUUACGUAAGCUCUUCACCGCCUGGGCUCUUCUCAAAACCCUGAACUACAGUGCUGUAAAUGGCAACAAUGGACCCGAGUAUUAAGGAAACCGAGAAGCAAUGUGUCCUCUGCUGUCAAGAAAUCGACAUCUUCGCCCUGGGGAAAUGUGACCACCCGGUGUGUUAUCGCUGCUCCACUAAAAUGAGAGUGUUGUGCGAGCAGAAGUACUGUGCAGUGUGCCGAGAGGAGCUAGACAAGGUCGUAUUUGUGAAGAAACUAGAAAACUUCUCAUCUCUACCCUAUCAAAAGUUUCCAUGUGAUAAGAAUCAUGACAUUUAUUUUAAGGAUGAAAGAAUCUACGCACAAUACAGGCAUCUUUUGCUGCCAGAGUGCACUCACUGUCCAGAGCCAAAGGUCUUCUCAAAGUUUGAAGAACUGGAGCAGCACAUGAGAAAGCAGCAUGAGCUUUUUAGUUGCAAGCUCUGCUCAAAACAUCUCAAGAUCUUCUCCUAUGAGCGCAAAUGGUACACCCGAAAAGAGCUGGCCCGUCAUCGAACCCAGGGAGACCCCGAUGACACAAGUCACAGAGGACAUCCGCUUUGCAAGUUCUGUGAUGACCGAUACCUAGACAAUGACGAACUACUUAAGCACUUGCGCAGAGAUCAUUACUUCUGUCAUUUCUGUGAUGCAGAUGGAUCACAAGAAUACUAUUGUGACUACCAGUUCCUCAGUGAACACUUCAGAGAGAGCCACUAUCUGUGUGAGGAGGGCCGUUGCGCUACAGAGCAGUUCACUCAUGCAUUUCGUACAGAGAUUGACUAUAAAGCUCAUAAGGCUGCAGCACACAGUAAGAACCGAGCCGAGGCACGCCAGAACCGCCAGAUUGACCUGCAGUUCAACUUGGCCCCUAGACAACAAAGACGAAAUGAUGGCCAAGUGACAGGUGAAGACUAUCAAGAGGUGCAUCAUAAUCGAGGAAGAGGACGAUAUCAGGGGGGACAGAAGAGCUGGAGAUAUUCCAGAGAAGAGGAAGACCGAGAUGUGGCAGCAGCCAUGAGGGCAUCAUUGGCAAUGCGUCGUCAGGAGGAGAGAGGCGCCAUGAAAGACAGGGGAGCUUCAAAGGUGAAGGAGAGGGCAGACAGAACUGAUCCAGAAGAACAGAGAUCUAGGACAGGCCCUGUAAACCCCACAGCCAACAUGCCCCCAGUAAAAACCAUGAAAAGCACAAAUCCUGGAGAUGAAGAUGACUUUCCUGCUUUGGGAGCCACUGCAGCAGUACCAAUUAUCAAGCCGGUUUCCACCCCAACACCACCAGCAUCUCAUGCCCCUCUUAAAGAAGAUGACUUCCCAAGUUUGUCUGUGGCCAAUGUUUCUACACCCAUGGCUCCAGCAUACUCUGCUCAGCCUAAAAAGACUUCAUCAUUCCAGGAAGAGGAUUUCCCUGCUCUUGUUUCUAAAGUCCGGCCUGUCAAAGCCACAGGAGGAACUAAUUCUGCCUGGUCCAGCCAAGUUGCUGCCCCUAAAACCCAACCUCCUGCUACCACUAAACCUGCUCCCACCCCCACAGGUCCUCAGCUUCUCUCUUCUGCGAGCAUGCCAUCCUCCAAGAGGAAAAAGAAGGUAGGAGAGAGUGGCAAAGCUCCGGUUAAUUGGACUCCUCCAACCUCAGAUGAAGAAGGUGGAGGCUUGACCCAGCAGGAGUUUCGGGCAGUGCCCACCAUGUUGGAUAUUUCCUCAUUGCUCACUGUAAAAGGAAACAGUAAUAAUAAAAAGCCUCAACCUCAAAAGCCUCCAAACUUGACCACCAAUAUGGACCCCAUGCCUGUGGCUAAAGACAAAAAGGAAAACAACAAAAAGAAAAAACAGCAGAAGAACAAUGCGGUCUCAUCAGCUCUGGCAUCAGGGACAGAAAAGGCAUCCAUUGCAGAGUCCUGUCCUGUGGAAACUGCUGCCCAAAAGGAAAAUGUUCCUGAGAAAACCUCCAUCAAACCCAGUUUAGUCAAUGGCUAUCCUGACAAUUCCCCAUCUACAAACAAGAACGUUCCUAAUGUAACUACAACAAACACUGACCAAACAACUGAACAAGAGGAAGAAUUUCCUGCCCUCACAGCACAGAAGCCACCACCAGGCUUCAAGACAUCCUUUCCAAUAAAGGCUUCAAAUCCUCCUCCUGUAUCUGUGGCCCCAAGCCCACCUCCUGGUCUGCGGAGUACUGGUCCUAAACCUCCUCCAGGAUUCACGGGCAUUCCUCUGAACAGCAAUGUGCCUGAACCACCCUCCUCUAGCACCAACACCCCUUCGGUGACAUCAGGGGGGUACUGUGUCCCAGAAGACUUCCAACAGAGGAAUCUGAACCUGAUCUUGUCUAUUAAAAAGUACCUCCACAACGAUGAGUCUAAGUUCAACCAGUUCAAAAACUACUCGGCACAAUUCAGACAGGGUGUCAUUUCCGCCACGCAGUACCACUGCAGCUGCAAGGACCUGCUUGGAGAUGACUUCAACUGCAUCUUCAAUGAACUGCUUGUGCUUCUGCCGGACACAAGCAAGCAACAGGAGCUACUCACUGCCCAUGGAGACAGCAAAGCACUGGAGAAGCAGAACGGAGGAGGAAAGAAGAAUAAGAACAAAAAGAAUGCAUGGCAAACUCCUCCCACUAUUUCUAACGCCGCUGCUGAACUGGACUGCCAGAUUUGUCCCACUUGUAGACAGGUGCUGGCCCCAAAAGACUUUAACUCCCACAAAUCCCUGCACACGAUGGAGAAUGAGGAAUUCCCUUCACUCCAGUCAAUUAGCCGUAUCAUCAGCUAGCCUUUGCUGUUCUAAAGACGGUUAGUCUGGCUAACUAUCAGUGGCCUGCAGUUGCUGCUUUCUCAGCCAACCACAUCCCAGUGGAGACCGGAGCUUACAUGGAGUGAGAGGAGGGUGAUGGAGUUGUAGUGAUGCUGCAGUGAACAGGUUUGGAUGGUUUACUCUACAAAGAGGCUCUGCUUUCAGACACAGUCUGUGGUGACCUUUCCAGCUGGUACUGGCAUAAUCAAAUCAGAAUUCAUUAUUUAUUGAGUUUUGAAAAGUAUGACUUCUAUUUGAAUAAUACUUACUAAUACAUCAAUACAUUUAGUUUUAUUCCCUUUUUGCUUUUAAUCAUGUAACUCUGAUGGUGAUAUUAUGAGAUAUAAAUCAAGUGAAUCGCUGGAAGGUUUAUGAACAAGCAGAAACAAAAUGGUUUACAUUUUUAUAUGGUUUCUGUGCUCUUCAGGAUUCCCUUUGUUCUCCUUAUCACACUGUUAAACAAGUACUAUUGAUUCACUUCCUGAAACCUGUGAAUGUUUGGAGCUCAUAGUGGAGACCUUUUUUUGACCCUUUACAUAAGGCCUUGUCUCAUCAUCUCAGGACCCUCACUGCACUGCUGCCCACCCCCGACCCGCAUGUGUUUUUGGGUCCAUGGAUCUACACUGAGAUUGUCACAGAACAGCUUUCUCUAUCUUCAUGAUGCCUAAUAAUAAAGCUGUACUUUUCAGCAAUAUCUCUGCCAUACAGAUUGUGUUUAUGCUACAUUGCAGUACAAUAUCUUCACUGAUGUCAUCAGUCUUGUAAAAUCAUGUUUUUAAUCCUAAUUUGAUGUUUUUACUUAAUUUCUAAAGCUAUAUACUGUGCUAUCGACUGAGCAAUAGGGACUUACAGGAUAGAAUAAUGUAUUGUCGUUUCUUCAAUGGAAUGGUAAAAAGCAGAUUCAUGUAAUUUAAACAGGAAUUAUCUUUUGUUACAGUACUCCCAUAAGUCAACAUGAAAACGGUGCUAAUAA